CUGGCGAUUCUCCUGCCCUCUCGUCCAAGUUUCACUUUCACAGAAACAGGCGAAGUGAAUGGCGUUGUUCAGCUGUUGUAUGUCUCUUUGUGUACAGGACAUGCGGUAAAAUGGCGGAAGCCAGUAUUUCAGUGGCUGAGGAGCAGUUAAGCUGUCCCAUCUGUUUGGAUCUACUGAAGGAUCCAGUGACCAUUCCCUGUGGACACAGUUACUGUAUGAGCUGCAUUACAGACUACUGGAAUCAGGAUAAUCACCUGAGAGUCUGCAGCUGCCCUCAAUGCAGGCACACCUUCACUCCAAGGCCUGUUUUAGGGAAGAAUGUUGUGUUUGCUGAGAUGGUGGAGAAACUGAAGAAGACAAGAAUCCAAGCUGCUGUUCCUGCUCACUUUUACGUGGGACCAGGAGAUGUGGAGUGUGACGUCUGUACUGGGAGAAAAUACAAAGCUGUCAAGUCCUGUCUGAUGUGUCUGGAGUCUUACUGCCAACGUCAUUUUGAACGUCAUGAGGAAUUUCAUUCAGGAAAGCGACACAAAUUGACUGAUGCCACUGGACGACUACAACAGAUGAUCUGCCCUAAACACGACAAACAGUUGGAUAUCUACUGCAUCACUGACCAGCAGUGCAUUUGCUAUCUGUGCACAAUGGAUGAGCACAAAGCUCAUGACACUGUAACAGCUGCAGCAGAGAAGACUGACAAACAGAAACAGUUGAAGGAGGCACAGAGUAAAUUCAAGCUGAGAAUCCAGGAAGGAACAAAAGAUGUUCAGAAACUGAGAGAGGCUUUGAAGUCUCAUAAGCACUCUGCACAGACUGCUGUGGAGGACAGUGAGAGGAUCUUUACUGAGCUGGUUCGCUCCAUUGAGAGAAGGAGCUCUGAGGUGACCCAGCUGAUCAGAGCUCGGGAAAAAGCUGCAGUAAGUCUAGCUGAAGGACUCUUGGAGCAACUAGAGAAGGAGAUUUCUGAUCUGAGGAGGAGAGAUGCUGAGGUCCAGCAGCUUUUACAUACAGAGGAUCACAUCCAUUUCCUAAAGAAUUUGCCGUCUCUAUCUGUCCCUCCAGAAUCUGUCAACCGAGACAACAUCACUGUCAGUUCUCUCCUCUCUUUUGAUGAUGUAAGACAAUCUGUCUCUCUGCUUAGAGGGAAAUUUGAGGAUUUCUGCAAAUGGGAGAUAGAAAAGAUAUCUGGUAGAGCAGCAAGAACCCCCUGUUAUCCUGAGCCAAUCAAAACAAGAACAUAUCCAGCCUUUGAAGAGUUUAGACCUCCUAAGUGGGAGAAAAAAAAAUUCCGCAUUCGAGACCCCAACCAGGGCGGCAAGGAUAUCACAGAGGAGAUAGUGAGCAGAGGUCUGGGCUUUCCUCCACCUGUCAUCGUGAAUACAGAUAACAAGCCAAAACUGGAGUCUUCCACACAGAGAUCUGCUUCUCCUGAUCUGUUGUAACUAGAGACCGUACAGGAGAGAAGAGGUCAGCCCAGCAGCCCAGUACUGUGUCCAACUCAGAACACUGAGAUUCCUCUUUACUAUCACGAAUACUUGCAGUGAAAUGCACAGACCUACAUAGUGUCUGGAAGAAAGUAAUAUAAAGGGCACUACAGAAACACAAGUAGCCUAUACAAACAUACUUAGUUUACUUUUACAAGAACUUGAACAUUGAUUUAUUAUAAUAAGCACUAAUUUGAGCAGUUCUCUUCCAUUUGUUUUGCAAAUCUUAAUGACAUGCUGUUUUUUGCUAAUUUUCCCAACAUCUCCUACAUCUCUCAUGUAGCCUGUCUUUUUCUUGUCACUUCUAGUACAUUCUAUCUCACUCUGCUCUUGUUCCGUACAUCAGCAUGGCUGUGAUUCAGUCACACGGCCUUGUGCCGCAUGUAAUCCACAAGCUGUGCUGACAUACAAAACAACAGCAUGAUUGCUCAUGUGAUUUUGCUUUUAUGCAACAGUUCUGUGAACAAGUAAAUAAGUAGAGCUGUUGGAAAAAAUUGUUUCAGCGAUGCAUUGUUUCAUACUCAAACGAUUCUGAAUCGAUUCUCAAAAGAAUCAGAAUCGAUUCUGAGUUCAGUUUAAGUCACGGCAGAGCAGUGGUGUGCAAUGGAGUGGCGGUGGUGUAGUGGUCUAAACCACAUAACUGGUAAACUGGUAAUCAGAAGGUUGCUGGUUCUAUCCCCACAGCCACCACCAUUGUAUCCUUGAGCAAGGCACUUAACUCCAGGUUGAUUAAGUGCAUACACUAAAGUCAAGUGCACAAACACGACUGUUUGCAGACCAGCUGUAUUAAACACAUGACCAUUUGUGCCCGAAUGAAACUACGAUCCCGAAAUUCUUUCACAAACCCACUCACAUAUCAACGGGAGAGUUUAUUCGUGAUAAGUAUCAUUUUAUAAUCAAUCGUUACGCUUUGAAUCGUAAUCGAAUCAUGAGGCCAGUGAAGAUUCACACAUCUUGGGGUUAUUAAUACAAUUAUUAUUUAAUUAUUUUUAAACACGAUUAAGAAUCGUUAUUUUAUCUAAAUUGCACAAUGAUGAUUCAUAGACAUUAUAGACAUUACAGUUUUAUCUUCUGUUAAUGCUGAUCUUCUGUAAAGCUGCUUUGAAGCAAUGUGUGUUGUGAAAGGCGCUAUACAAAUAAAAUUGAAUUGAAUUGAAUUGAACCUCUAUAAAUAAGUAAAGACAAAUCAAGGGGUGUCCCAAAAUUCUCUUUUUUAUGGAAGAGCAUAUUGUAUAUUUCAGGCACUUGCUUAGUUUGAAAGAUGUGCUCAAGCCUCCGUAUCUAAUUUGAAAACUUCACUUUAGAAUUAUUAACAACAGCUUGGGCUGU